AUGUCAGCAGAUGAAUGGCUUAGCAAAUGUAAACAAAUUCCAGUGUUGGAUUCAACAAUAAGCUACUAUGACUCUGCUCCAGAUACAGCUGGUAAAGAAGUUGUUGUAUUCCUGCACGGGAAUCCAACUUAUUCCUACAUCUGGAGGAAUAUUACUCCUCAUAUUGAAGAAAAAUAUCGUUGUCUUGCCCCAGAUUUGAUUGGUAUGGGAGCGUCUGGUAAACUGCCUGAAAGUUCGUAUAAAUUCCAAGAUCAUUACAAGUACAUUGAAGUUUGGAUUGACGCGAUGAAAUUACCAACGAAGAUCACCAUCGUUUGCCAUGACUGGGGUUCAGGAAUAGCAUUUCAUUGGUGCCACAUGCACCCAGAAAGAGUGAAAUCACUUGUUCAUGGAGAAAGCGUUGUGAUGCCAGCAACUUCCUGGAAGCAAUGGCCAAUGAUGCCGAAACUCAUUUUCCAAAACCUGCGAGAAAAACCCGGCGAGAAAUUGGUUUUGAAGAAAAAUUUCUUCAUUGAAAGACUCAUUCCUGCGAACACUUUGAGGAAGUUACACAGAGUUGAAAUGGACGCAUAUCGACAGCCUUUUCUCGAAAAAGGCGAAAGCAGGAGACCCAUGGUCACUUGGCCAAAAGAGAUUCCUUUCGAAAGCGAAGGACCGUAUGAUGUCCUGAAAAUAGUGCAAGAUUAUGGUCGGUUCAUGAAGCAAAGUGAAGGAAUCCCAAAACUAUUCAUCGAAGCAGACCCUGGCGUAUUCAGUAAAGCUAUUGCGGAGACAGCUAUGUCAUGGCCAAACACCAGAACAGUUAAGGUAAAGGGUUUGCAUUAUUUACAAGAGGACUCGCCAUACGAGAUCGGUAAAGCCAUAACGGAAUUUUUAGAAGAAGUCCACCACACUAAUUCAUAA